AUGCACUCUUCAAAUGACAGUGCAGUAAAAGCUUGUUUUCAACCGAAUGAACGCGCACAUGCUACUACUGAACGAGUCCGGAACAAUACAGGAGGCAAAAACACGCAAAAGCGGGAAAUAAAAAUCACCACGCAUAACACAAUUAAGAAAAAACCAGUGGGAAAAUAUGCAGUUAAGGGAGCGACAAAACAUCCCUCAAGUGUAGAGAGCAAGAAAAUUGUUCAAACUAGCCAAGAGAUGAAGAUGGAAGAACAACAAAUUUUGGAGAUUAUGAGAAGCAUAGAAAAACAACAUAGGGAAGAUCCUAAUUUUCAAAAUUUUACUAACAAUCCAUUCAUGACACAGGUUUUUACACCGGAUAAAGCAUUAAUGGAACUUGCCGAAAGGCUGAAUAAAACAGCGAAGGAGUGCUCUCGUGAAGAGGAGACAAUGAAAAAUGCUAUGGAUAUGGAUUUAAAUAGUCCAGCCAAAGAAGUGAAACAAGGGACAAAGUCUCCCACCACAAAUGAAGAUGCUUUACUUGAACCUAGAAUUAGUGGUAUUACUGCUGAUAAUGUUAUAAAAAAGAUGGGCAUACCAAAUGGCACCAGAGUUGAAGCUAAUGGUUUCUUAGGUGGGAUUUGGUGCCUUUGGAAAGACAAUUGUCCUAGCAUCACUGUGAUGUCUACAUCUCAGUAUUUUAUUCAUCUUAAAGUGCAGUUGGAUGCUAUUAAUUUUUGGUUUUUAACUAUUGUGUAUGCGAGUCCUAAUGCAGGUCUUAGAGAAUUUACUUGGCAAGAAAUUCGCACUCUUAGUGCUUCAAUUUCAGGGCCGUGGUGUUUAGCUAGAGAUUUUUUAAUACUGUUCUGUCAUCCGUUCACCUUUCAUCGCGGUAACCUUCACGAAAGACUUGAUCGUGUGGUUUGCAACUCUGCUUGGCAACAAAUUUUUCCCUCAAGCUCAAAUGUCCAUCUCCCACUCUCGAGUUCAGAUCAUUGUGGGCUUUGGUUUCGACCCCAACCUGAUACAACGAGAUGUCGCAAAAAUAAUUAUUUUAAAUUUUUAAGGUCUUGGCUUGACCACCCAGAUUUUGAUAAUCAAGAGCGUAUCCUCAGAAGGUUGGAGGGUAUAAAUAGGGCCCUUCAUGAUGGUCCUAAUGAUCGCCUUAUUCACCUUAAAGCUGACCUUUGGGAGGAGUAUCGCCAAAUUACUCAACAAGAGGAAAACUAUUGGUUUCAACAAGCGAGGAGUAAAUGGAUAACCUUGGAUGAUAACAAUACUCGUUACUUUCAUCAAUCUACCUUAGUGAGAAGACGCCAAAACAAAAUUGUGACUCUCCAAGAAAAUGAGGAUAGUUGGAUUUAUGAUGAAAAUACGUUGAAACAACAUGUUGUGGACAACCCAAGCAAGAUCAAAGAAGUGAAUCAAACACUCAUUACUUUGAUCCCUAAGUGUAAUGAAUCAGUUAAAGUUACACAAUUACGUCCUAUUGCUCUUUGCAAUGUUAUUUACAAAGUUGUAACUAAAGUGGUGGCUCAGAGAAUUAGAUUUAUCCUUCCUUAUGUUAUUUCUAAUAAUCAAAGUAGUUUUAUUCCAAGUAGAAGUACUAAUGAUAAUAUUCUUGUUUUGCAGGAAGCUAUACAUAGUUUGAAUCAGAUGCAUGGAAAAAAAGGAUUCAUGAUUCUAAAAAUUGAUAUGGAGAAGGCAUAUGAUCGGAUCGAGUGGAGCUUCAUCAAAGAAAUGCUGGUUCUUCUAAAUAUCCCUAAUAAUAUUCGAGAAUUGAUCCAACAUUGUAUUUCAUCCGCCUCUAUGAGUAUAAACUGGAAUGGAGAACCCACUUCUAGUUUUAAUUCCUCUAGAGGGCUUAGACAGGGAGAUCCUCUUUCCCCUUAUCUUUUUGUUCUUGCUUUAGAAAGAUUGAAUCAUUUUAUUCAGGAUAGGGUAAAUGAAGGUAGAUGGAAACCAUUAUAUUUUGGUAAAGGGGGAGGUCCUAAACUUUCUCAUAUCUGUUUUGCCGAUGAUUCACUACAAGAAAACAACCAUUUACUGACGAAAAUUACUGGCGGUUUAGGCCCUCUAUACGUUUCUGGCGGCCUAAGCCCCCAAUAA